AUGCUGUCCUUCCGUUUUCAAAACCAAUUUUACUUUCAGACCUUCGGUGUCGCUAUGGGAAGUCCGUUAGCCCCAUCGAUUGCCAAUCUAUUCAUGGCACAUUUAGAAAACACUAUAUUGCUUAAUCCAUCUUUAAAUAUGUACUAUGCUAAUAUAAUAUACUAUGGCCGAUUUAUUGAUGAUAUAUUCAUAGUAUUUAAAACAACUGAAGCCGCAGUAGGAUUCUCUAAUUGGAUUAACACUAUACAUACGUCUAUUAAGUUUACCAGUCAUCUCAACCUGUCACAUAUCAAUUUUUUAGAUGUUACUGUGUAUAAACAUCAUAACAAACUGUUGGUCAAGAACUUCAGAAAACCAUCAGAUAAGAAUUCUUUUCUUCAUUAUAACAGCUUCCACCACUUUGGUUUAAAGACCAAUCUUCCAUUUUCACAACUACUUAGACUAAAGCGUAACUCAAGCUCUAAAGAACACUUCAUUCAUGAAAGCCUGACCUUAAGCCAGGAGUUUAGAAGUAGAGGCUAUCCUAAACAUGUCAUCAAAAAGGCAUUAAUUAAAGCUGAAAAAACUGAUAGAACCACCCUACUGAAAGAAUCUGCUAAACCAACUAAAAAUCAAAUUAUCUGGACACAAGAAUUAUCGCAUUACUCCAAACACAUAAUCCAAAUUAUAAAAAAGCACUGGCAUCUUCUUCAAGAUAUUUCAGGUUGUGAUAAAUUACCUAUUUUUGGAAACAGGCGUACUAAAAAUAUUAGAGAAUAUUUAAUCCAUACAGAUUUAAUCACUCCCAUUAGUACACCGAAGAGCACCCUGAGAGGCCAUUAUCCUUGUGGUCACUGUAAGUGUUGUCCUCAAUCUUGGAAGACUAAGGAGAUAUAUAAUCAUAGGAACAAAGUGGGCACCACACUAAAACAUUUUUCUACUUGUAAUAGCAACAAUGUAAUCUACCUCUUGACAUGUGACUGUGAUCUCUGGUAUAUUGGAAAAACAACCAGAUCUUUGAGAAUCAGAAUCUCUGAACGUAAAUCCAGAAUCAAAAAUUUGUCUACAGAAUCUCUUUUAUAUUCACACUUCACCCAAUACAAACAUUCAUCUACCUCAUUUAAAUUUUGUGCUCUGGAAUGCAUCUCUCAAAAACCUUUCAUGGACUUGGAAAAACUAUUAUCCCAAAGGGAAAUGUACUGGAUCUUUAAGUUUAAAACCUUUUCCCCUCAGGGACUUAAUGAAUCACUUAAUUUUAGCUGUUUCCUUUAAACCUUCAAGUACUCUUUAAAAACCUUUGAGUGAACCUCCAGAAUUACUCGCAGUUGAAAUCACCACAAGCAGAGUCACUCAGUGAAAGCAUUUAGCACUAUAUAGAAAUUCAUUGUUGCUGAGUUUAACAACUCCUGAAGAAGGGGUUUUUCCCUGAAACAGGGUCAAAAAUACCCGGGACCCCUGUAGACUUGGGACUUUAUUUGGACUUUACUUUUGAAGACUUUUUUGAGAGCGGUGCUCCAUCAUUAUUUUCUUCAAUCCAAUAUACAGCAACACGACCAACCAUCUGUUUGGAAGAUAUUUUCUUUGACUGUAUCCCUGAAGCCUAUAUGUAUUGGAACCAAUACCAGACUUGAACAACUUUUGUGUUAGAGCUGUUGCUCCUUUUCAUUUUGUCGGGUACGGCCAAAUUGAGCUUUGUACGGGGAACUGUAACAAUAUAUGUCAUUUGGACACA